CAGCGUGUAAGUUUCACGAAAACGUUGUCGAAAAAUGAUCUAAAUUUCUAAAAUAUAUUGAACUAAAAUACAGUCAUGCCUGCAAUAGAAGUGACAACGCCUAUGCAGGUUGAAGAACCGAAAAAUGAAGAAGAAAACUACAAAACACCAGUAAUCGGUAUUAUCUAUCCGCCUCCAGAAGUAAGGAAUAUUGUUGACAAAACUGCUAGUUUCGUUGCUAGAAAUGGACCCGAGUUUGAGUCUCGUAUUAGACAGAAUGAGCAGAACAAUUCAAAAUUCAACUUCCUGAAUCCAGCUGAUCCUUACCAUGCCUAUUACCAGCACAAGGUCAAGGAGUUUAGGGAGGGGAAAGGUCAAGAACCCCAGGUUCCUAAAGGUCAAGGUUUAGGCUUGAGUAAGCCAUUGGAGGUUGCUAAGAUUAUACAAGAGCCAGUUAUACCCACAGAGCCACCUCCUGAGUUUGAGUUUAUUGCAGACCCUCCUAGCAUCUCAGCUUUUGAUUUAGAUGUGGUGCGUUUGACUGCCCAGUUUGUAGCAAGAAAUGGUCGACAAUUCCUGACCAAUCUGAUGAAUAGGGAACAGCGUAACUACCAGUUUGAUUUCCUGAGACCGCAGCACAGUCUGUUUAACUACUUCACCAAACUUGUGGAACAAUAUACAAAGGUGUUAAUUCCACCCAAAGAUUUACUGGUCAAGUUAAACAAGGAGUCGGAGGUAUAUCAGAAUGUUUUAGAUCAAGUAAAGUAUCGUGUAGACUGGGCCAGGUACCAGGAAAUGCAGCGACGGAAAGAAGAGGAGGCUGCUGAAAGGGAACGAGUUGCCUAUACACAGAUAGAUUGGCAUGAUUUUGUUGUGGUGGAGACUGUAGAUUUUCAGCCCAAUGAACAAGGAAACUUGCCCCCACCUACCACUCCAGAUGAAGUUGGUGCACGUGUGCUGGCUCAAGAACGACAUGGAAAGAGAGGGACGGAGGAUGAGAUGGAUGUGGAGUCCGGCGAGUCGGAGUCGGAGGACGAGGAUUCUGACGAGGAAGAUGAGGAGGAAGAGGUACAGAGGAUGACAAAUAGACCGCCAAUGCCGACACAGAUGAUGGAGGAUUCUGAUGAGUCAUCAGACGAGGACGAAGAAGAUCAGGACAAAGAUCGUCAGGAGAUUCGACCUCAACAAAGAAUGCCGCAGAGGCCACCACCAGUGCCUGCCAUGCCUCCACCGCCACCACCCAGUGAGAUACCACAGCCUCCAUUACCACCAACACCAGAUCAGGUGGUCAUCAAGAAAGGAUAUGAUCCAAAAGCAAGAACUAUCCAGCCAGAGGCACCUAGUGAGCAGUUCCUGGUAUCUCCUAUCACUGGUGAGAAGAUCCCAGUAGACAAAGUACAGCAGCACAUGAAGAUUGGAUUGUUGGACCCAAAAUGGAUCGAGGAGCGUAACCGGCAAAUUCAAGAGCGUACGGAUCAAGAGGAAGUGUUUGCUGCUGGUUCCUCUAUCGAGAGCAGCUUGAAACAUCUGGCUGAAAGACGUACUGAUAUCUUCGGUGCGGGAACCGAAGAAGCUGGUAUCGGUAAAAAGCUUGGUGAAGAAGAGGAUGAAGGCAAGAAGGACAAGAAAGUGGUUUGGGACGGACACACGGCCUCCAUGGAGAAAGUGGCACAGAAAGCCAGAGAAAAUUUCUCCAUUGAUGAACAGAUUGCAAACAUCCACAAGGUUAAAGGACUUGUACCUGAUGCUGAGAAAGAGAAGAUUGGACCUUCUAGGACAAUGGGGAUGGCUAUACCACCACCCCCACCACCUAGCAAGCCGGCACCACCCAAACCAGCUCCUCCAAAACAGCCACCACCUCCAGCAGUAUCAAUGCCAGGUCCACCAGUGAGCACCCAGCCACAGGCGUUAAAGAGACCAGUGGUCGCUAUACAACAACCACCACCACCCCAGGUGAUGAUGAUGCCACCAAGGCCACCACCCAUGCAGGUCAUAGGAAUGCCACCAGGCCCACCUAGUAUGAUGGUUGCCCAGCCAAUGAGGCCUCCUGGUUUCCCAGCACCGCCACCCAUGGUUCGACCCCCGGCACCUGUACCACAAGCGGCACCACCUGAGGACGAACCGCCAAGCAAGAAACAGAAAACAGAAGAACAGCUUGUACCUGAGGAGGAAUGGCUGAAACUUCACAAGGGAAGUGUCAAGUUCCGUGUAACUGUACCUAGUAUGCCGGACAAACCAGAGUUCAACCUGAAGGGACAAACUCUCCAAUUCACACUGCCUUACACUGAUAAUGUGUCGGUAUUGAAGGCUAAGAUUAACGAGUCGGUUGGUUUACCGGGCGGCAAACAGAAGCUCCAGUAUGAUGGGCUAUUUAUCAAGGACUCUAACACACUGGCGUUCUACAAUUUUGUCAACGGAGGAACAGUGCAGUUACAACUGAAGGAAAGAGGAGGAAGAAAGAAGUAAUUUGGGAGAUAGAGAGAAGAAUGUAUAUACUUAUUAUUGACAAUAGAAAAGGACAUUGUCAACAGCAAGUGUUUAACAAGUGAAAAUUCGAAAAAUCAAAAUUUUGGGAAAUUUAAUGAAUUAAAAAAAAAGAAAAAAAUUAUCUUCAAUGGGUGUAGAUUUUUUUGGCAAGUUUAUUUAGAUGGUUGCCUGUUUUUUUAUUUGGCUAUUUGUUUUGUAAAUAUUGUGUCUAAUUUCUUGGAGGACGGUUCACCUUUUUGAACUUUAUUGUUACAUGUGAUGAAUUUUAUGUCUUAUUCAUUAUUUGAAAUUGUGAAUGUAAUUUAUAGUUCCUUAUGAAUGUCAUUGUGAAGCCAAUGUCUUGUAUAAUUCAUUCUGUAAUUAUGUCAUUUGUGAAUUUUAUGUCUAAUUCAUUCUAUGUAUCAUUCUUGGAUUAAUGUCUGAUUCAUUAUUAUGGUAUUAAGAAUAUUUUGUUUAAUUCAUUUGUAAAUAUUAUGUCUCAUUCAUUCUUUAUAUCACUCAAGAAUAAAUGUAAUUCAUUCUAAUGGUUAGUUAUGAACAUAAUUUCUAAUUCAUUCUUACCAUCAUUAAGAACAUUAUGUCUAAUUCAUACUAAUUGUCAUUAAUGAAUAUAAAUCCAAUCCAUUCUAUAUGCCAUAUCUGAUUAUUGUGUGUAAUUCAUUAGAAAUGCAAUUUGAGUGUCUAAUUAAUUAUAAACUUCAUGUGUGAAAACUAUAGCUUAAUAAUUCGGUAUACUUUUCUACGAAAUAAAGUUUUAAUAUUUUAUAAGGUAGCCUAUUGUUAAGAUUAACAAGUCAUCAGUUUGCUAAUUAGGUACUCUGUGACAGUUUGGGCAAAUUAUCUUGACUUAUAGUCACUACUAGAUGGCUACUAUCUGUUCUGGUUCAGUUUUUUGUUAGGUUUUAAGUGAAUAACUUACCUAUCCAGGUACAUGUAGACUAGAAGGUUUGUUCAUUUUACUCAUCUACCUAGUUGUACACUGAAAUAAUGGACUCAAGUCUGAAGGGAACUGCAACAAAGAUGGCAUAUGAUUUAUAAAUGUGUAUGUCUUUAGAGAAAAAUAUAAAAAAGACCCAGCAUGCUGACUAGUUAUAAAAUGUCAAAUAGGUAUUCUGUGAAGGAAGUCAUAACUAUGUUUAAGACUAUAUGAGAAAACUUAGGUGUUUUUUAUUUAAGGAAAAUAAGAAGUUAUUUUUUCUUGCAGCAUAUGAAGCAUAUUUGAUGUUUAUUUUUAAGUUUUCAUAGAAGUGUGGUUUUCUGGGAUUUUCUUAUAAGAGCAUUGUAAUAUACAUUUUCACUGAACAUUAUUUGAUUGAUAAGAAGAAUUAACAACUUUCCUUUUUGUUUGAGGUAGUAAAAAAAUAAUAAAGGCACUUAAAAUGGUAAUUUAAAUAGCUAGAUCUUAAUGUUUGAAUAAAGUUUAGACAGAGAA